UCCGGGCCGCGAGAUGCCGCGACGGGGGCAGAGCUGCGCCUCACUGUGUCCGACGAACUGGCCUCGCAUUUCAGCCCCACGACUUGAGAGGAUUGAUGAGUGCCAGCAGAAUCGUCGUUGACAAUUUGUUUGUGAGAUUGGUUGCCAAUCCUCUGCGCUUCACUCGGCGCAAACCCAACAAUCGACUAUCUGUCAUUUGAGGCCGCAAGUGUACAUAUAUAUAAAUAUAAAUAAAGAGAAAGCAAGAAGACUCCGGUUUUCUUAAUACAAAAUAUCGAGAUGGAAGGAAUGCUACUGAAAACCUCGGUGAAUUCCUUCAUUUGUCACCCUCAGGCUGGCCAGCAGCGGAAGAACCGUUGCGAUGUUAAUAAGCAAGUGGCCCCUCACUCCUCUUUUACUUCCACGACUAUUACGCACUCUUUGACAUCUCGUCCCGCAAGUUCACAAUUCAACAGGUGUUCCAUGAGAAGAGCAGCAGGAGUGGUGCAUGCUGCUGUACAGACCGGCGAGACCGUUGAUAUGUCUGCUUUUGAUGGUAUCACCAUAUACGCCACGGACGGCCAACCUGUGAAAUUCUCUGAGCUUUGGGAUCAUCGCAAUGGAAAGGCAAUUGUGGCAUUUCUGAGGCAUUUUGGAUGUCCUUUUUGCUGGGAGUUUGCAGCAGCUCUUCGGGAAGCAAAGCCUAAAUUCGAUGCUGCUGGCUUCAAACUCAUUACGAUUGGCGUAGGACCUUCAAGCAAGGCUCAGGUUCUUUCAGAGAAGCUGCCCUUUCCAGCGGAUUGUCUUUACGCUGAUCCUGAUAGAAAGGCUUAUGACGCGUUGGGUCUCUACCACGGUGUUGCACGGACAUGGCUCAAUCCAGCAUCAAUGCAGAUAUUUACUCGUCUAGAUAAGGUGGCGGAUGCGGUGAAAGGAUGGAACCGCGACGUCAUGCCUGACAACACAGCGGCUACUCUCCAGCAGGGUGGAGUGUAUGUAUUUGAAGGUUCCAAGGUGCUUUAUGCUCGCAAAGACGAGUCUACUGGUGACCACUCUAAAAUUGAUGAUAUUUUAGGCAGUUGCUGCUCAACUGUGAUGGCCUGAGGGCAACCUUCACAAUGAAAAACAGCGAAGUUUGAGGUUCAAAAUAUGAAGUAAUUUGCCGAAGAGGAGUACUGUACAUUGAUUUGUACUUAAACAAUUAAAAAACUUAAAUUGUAUCUUUUAUAUUGGAGUCGCAAUCGUUGUUAUAAGCUGAAACGUGAAGACUAAGAAGUAACAACAAUCCUAAUGGUUCUUCCUCUCCUUCGAUCCACUAGCAACCUGCUGUCUUGUAUUAUGAUCCUUACAGUGUAGAGUACACACUUUCCCAAGUCGUAGAUCAUUUGUUUUUAAGUAACAGAGCGCAAACUGCUGAGCUAAAUUCAAUGAGGCAAGAUGAAUUUCACUACUGCGAUUUGAUCUGACCAACUUUUUGGUCUUCAACUUGUACUUCAAAAGUUUUCCUGGA